UAUUUGAUUAUUAAAAAUUGAUUAUUCAUAUCGAUUUUUCAAUUAAUUCAAAAUGUGUCUCCAUACAUCAGUAGUUUUCAGCUGUUUUCGUCAAGACUAGUGAACAAUCACUCAAAAAUGUACGUGCACUGAAAGUGCAAAGCGGCCCCUCUUGUUAUGCAAAUGCAAUUACAUUUAACAGACGCAGACGCACAAUAACACUACCAUUCAGUAGCGCAGAGACACAAACCCAAGCAGAGAAAAUUUGAUCUAGAACUCAUAUUUUUCCCCGCUCUCGUUACCCAUAACUGCAGCGUCACACAGUUGGUCGGGAUAGAUCAGUGAAGAAGCUACGGGAGGUAUUUCCUUUCACUUGAGAAAGAAAAGCGGACAGCACACGGACAGACGGACAGACGGAGACACCGGCGCGCUUGCUUCUGACCGGCUUCAGUUAUUCGAGCCCUCAUUCAUCUUGCUUAUGGGCGCAACACAGACCGAGCCAACCCUGAAGUUGGGUAAACUGGAAAUGGCACGCCAGAGGCUGCUACAGCGUUAUGAGCACCAGCCCUUUGUCUCCUGUCUAGCUGGACUGUACGGCUGCCAGUGGAGGCGUUACCAGAUCACACAUGCUCAGCCUGGACACUGCUGCUGCUCUAAGCUGGAGUGUGGCAGUUUUGCUCUGAUCGUUCUGACAUUUUGUCUCAGUCUGGUGUUCCUGUACUUCUGGAGUGAAGCACAGAAUGACUACAAUGACUUUGACUGGUUUAAUUUUGGUAAUCUGGGCUUCUGGUUUCCAUGGUCCAUAGUUUUGUUGAUUCUUGCUGUUUUUUUGUUCACUUAUGUUGCUGUUCUGCUGCUGCUGGCAGUUUGUCUUCUCUCAGAUGGCCAGAGAUUAUAUUUACACUGGUGUCACAAGAUCGGGAUCUCAGUGACUUUGAUUCUCUCCAUUGUGGCCUCAUCUGUUCUCACAGAUUUAUGGAGCAAAGAGUGGAUGACUGUACUUUUAUCUUUUCAGGUAACUGCUCCAUAUCUACACAUAGGUGGUGUAGUUUUAAUGACUCUAUUAUCUUGGCCAAUAGCCUUGCAUGUCUUCCGUAUCAAUAUGAGAGUGAGAGGGAUGGCCAUCAUUGUGCUGUACAUAACUGUUCUAGUGACUCUGUUUUUGGUUCCUCUGGGCAUGUACUCCCCCUGCAUUAAAGAGAGGAGCAGUCUGGGAACAGCUCCUGCUUUAAUUGGACACAGGGGAGCACCAAUGGUACACUUCGUUAUUCUUCUUAGGCUUUUCAGGUUCAAGCACCAACCUUUGAAUAUUAAUGUUUUUUUCUAUGUUAAUAUACUUCUUUUUAUUGAUUACAGAAAAUACGCUGCUGCUAACAUCAGCACCAACCUGUAUGUGAUCAGCCAGCCGUGGCUGUAUUCUCUUGCCUGGUGCGCAGGGGCUCAUUCUGUCGCCACUAAUGCUGUUCACAUCCUCAAGAACCUGCAAAGACCGCUCUUUCUCAUGACACCGGAUGAGUACAGGCUUAUGUGGACUCUUACUGACAUCACUUCCCUUAUUCUUGUCGUGAUUAUCUUUGUGUUUCACUGGUGGAGGGAGCGUGGGUUGGCUCUCAGUGUGGACAGCAGUUCAGUAAUUGAGAGUGGGUCCUACAGACAGUUCAGGACAGAUAUGAAUGAUGUGUGGUCUUUAUCCAACAUGAGUGCCUCUGACAAGCAAGAACCAUCUCUUUGAAGUGCAUGAUGAAGUGUUCUGGUU